AGAAGGCCAGGAAGUCCCAAGACCCUAACACCAAGGGCAAGGGACAACCCCUGCAUCCUCGCCUCCAUACACCGAGGCCCCUCUGACUCUAAAACAGACGCUAAGUAAAAGUGUAUGAGGACAGACAAGGCUGCACAUAACGAUGAAGGUGCCAUUUCUCCAUGAGUAUAGAGUGACUGAAAAUAUAUAUGCACCCAAAACUACAGACCAUCACCAUAAGAACCAAAUGUUAAUACAUCUCAGCAGAGAAAGAAAUGACAAAUAACUGUUAGCAAAAAAUAACAAACCUCUCUUUCAAAUAUGAAAAUCACCCAGACAAAAAAUCAGCCACAAAGUCACUAUCUUAUACUCUAAGUGGAUUUAACACCUACUUACAGCACUAUUCUCAAAAAAGACAUAAGAACUUGAUUUCUUCUGAGCAGCACAAGGAAACUUCCCCAGUAGAGAUUACAUGCCAGGUCCCAAAACCAGUCACAACAUAUUGUUAAUAAUGGAAAUCACAUCAAAUGUAUGUUCCGAACAUAAAACCAUACAACGAAUCAACUCAGAAAUCACCAACAAGAACUUGAGAAAUUGUAACAUGCAAGGAACUGCAACUAGAGGGUCUUGAAUGGUGAGAGACGCACCAAGUAAACUUAAAAUGAAAUUGAAUGAUUUUGAAAAGACAAAAUGAAAUGGAAACACGUUAUAACACACGUAAAUGCACCAGAAGUAGUUCUCAGAGAGAAGUUAGGAGCAAUAAAGCCCAAUUUCCUCUAAGUAGGAAAAUCUCAAAUAAGCAAUGAAUUGUUACACCACAAGAAACUACAAGAAAAGUAAAACUGGAAUUGGUGGGGAAAAGACACAAGGAAAGGAAGACAAAAAGUUAAACAAAAUAGAAGAUUAAUUAAUAGGUAUAUAUAAUCAAAAAAAAUCAGACAACGACAAAAACAAAACAUCAAAAGUGACAGACUUUUAUGCAGACAUACACCUUCCCUCCCUCCACCCUCUGGCUCUGAGCCUUCUCCUAGCCGACCCAUAAAUACAGCCUCGCUCCUCCCUCCCACACACCGGGAUCCUGCUCUCCACCCUCCAGUGACUCCCAGCCAUGAGGACCCUCGCCCUCCUCACUGCCAUUCUCCUGCUGGCCCUGCAGGCCCAGGCUGAGCCUCUCCCAGGAAUUGCUGAGGAGGAUCUGGAACAGCAGCAGCCACUGCAGGAGAACCAGGACAUGGCCAUCUCCUUUGCAGGGCCUGAGCACUCUGGUCUUCAACCCCAAGAUACUCACUGA